ACGGAGCCGUAGAUGUGUCCGUGUCCGGCAUCGCCGCCGGCGGUCACAUGGCGCAGCAGAUGCUCAUCUCACACUCUAGCUACGUCACAGGAGCAGCUGUCAUCGCCGCAGGUCCCUACUUCUGCGCCGGCGGCAGCCUCGAGAUCUCGCGAGAUGCUUGCGUGGCAAACGCGUCGAAAAUCGACGCCAUGCAGCUUGUUGACAUGACCUUUGCCCUCGGUGACAUGGAACACAUUGAUAACCCUGAACACCUGGAAAAGGCUAAGGUUUUCCUGCUGGCUGGAAAACACGAUGAGCGAGUUAACCCAGAAGUGGUGAAAAAAACGCAGGAAUUCUACGAAUUUUUUCUACCAGCCGAGAACGUGAAGGCAGAGUACGAGAUAGCAGCAGGCCACGGAAUUCCCACAGAGAGUCACGGCUGUGAGUGCAGGGAGAGCCGGCGUCCUUUGCUCAACAACUGUGGCUACAACACCGCCUACGCUCUUCUCAGCCACAUCUACGGACACUUAGAGAAACCGUCUAGUGACGUGGAAUUAAAGGGAGAGUUCAUAGAGUUCGACCAGAGAGAAUACUUUGACGAUUCCAACGUUGCGAUAUCUAUGAGCGGAUUCGGUGCUGGCUACGUACCGAGCGCCUGCCGUGAUCAAUCAGGCGCGGCGUGCGGCGUACUUGUGCAGAUGGAGUCGUUGUCGUAUCAGAAUUGA